UGUGGGUUUGGUGUGGGUUUUAACGUGAAACGGCAGCUUCAAGCCUUCAAAUGCAUCGAGGAGAAUUUAAAAUCGCAGAACAAAAACGAAGAGAGCUCAUAAAAUACUCCGAAAGCAAUGGCAAAGGCGAGGUAUCGAGAGAUAUCGAUAUCGAGAAGGGAACACCAGUUGUGCUUAGCAAUUCUGACAUGGGAAUGGAGGCCUUCAAUAAGCAGAUACAAGAGGUUGAGGUACAAGUAGAUAAGCUUUCUGGGCUUCUUAUCAAACUCAAGGAUGCUAAUGAGGAAUCAAAGGCUGCUACAAAAGCAUCACAGAUGAAAGCUAUCAAGAAGCGUAUGGAAAAGGAUAUCGAUGAAGUGGGAAAAAUAGCUCGCAAUGUCAAAGGGAAGCUGGAAGCUCUAAAUAAAGAUAACUUGACCAAUAGGCAGAAGCCUGGGUGCCAAAAGGGAACAGCCAUUGACAGAGCAAGAAUGAACAUGACAAAUUCCUUAACAAAAAAGUUCAAGGAUUUGAUGAUAGAAUUUCAGGCCCUUCGUCAAAGAAUUCAAGACGAGUACCGUGAAGUCGUGGAACGACGAGUGAUUACAGUUACCGGUACCCGACCAGAUGAGACGAUGAUUGAUGAACUUAUAGAAACUGGAAAUAGUGAACAAAUAUUCCAGAAUGCAUUUGAACAUAUGGGACGAGGAAUGGUUAUCAGUACUGUGGAAGAAAUUCAGGAGCGACAUGAUGCGGUUAAAGAAAUUGAGAAAAGGCUCUCAGAAUUGCAUCAGGUUUACCUUGACAUGGCAGUUUUAGUGGAAGCCCAGAGUGAAAUUCUGGACAACAUAGAAAACCAGGUAACGAACGCAGUCGACCACGUUCGAACAGGAACCGAUGCACUCCAUACAGCAAAAGGUUUGCAAAAGAAAUCAAGAAAAUGCAUGAUGAUCGCCAUCAUAUUGCUGCUGGUUAUAGCACUCAUAAUAGUCCUCUCAGUGCUGAAGCCAUGGAAGAAGUAACCGAUGGAAAUGAUACCCAACAUAUGAACUCAGUUUCAUGGUUGAUAUCUUCCAUAUCUUUAUAGAUACCCAUCAAACACAAAAUACAAUACAAUGAACAUUGCAAAAUGCUGAUUCUUGAAAUUCAAACACAUUGAAAAAACCAAACUGAAAGUGGUUGAUUCUUGAAAUUCAAAUAUUGAAAUUAUUAUUGUUCUUA